UAUUGUCUGUAAGUAUUUGUUGCAAUGGUGGUGGUGUGAUGGCUCAGUCUAUUCUCUCAAGUCUGCUACAAAUUUCUUUGUUUCUCCGAGCCCUCACUUCUCCCUUUUUCUCCCCUUCUUCUCUCUGGGCUUCUAUUUAACAGUUAGACCUUUACUUCGUCUCUCUCUAUGUAUAUCUAAUUAUAUAUUAGUCUUCUUUAUAAUUUUUUUUUCGUCCUGUUACGAAGUCUUUUCCUAGAGGUAUUGCAUGGCUCGUUCGUUCUGAGUUUAAUCUUAGCUUCUCUUCUCUUUCUUCUCUCUACCUCCCCAUUACCUGUGUUACCCUCUAUCUUCCUAUAUCCGUCGCUCUCUCUCACUCAAAUAGUCUUCCUGCUUCGUCUUCUUUCUUCAAUUCUUUUUCCCCCCGCCUUCCUUCCUUCCUGCGACUGCCACCCCUUUUAUCUUUGUGUCUCAAAACUUGGCCGGAUCCACGCGCGUGUACACAUACACACCACAGCAAAACGUACACGCUUGUAUUUAUUCACUAAAGUAUUUCACACCAACAAAGAUAUGUCUAUUGCAUCUUUUUGCCAUUAUUAUUGUAAACCAGGUUCUGAGUGAAAAUAAUUUCUAAUAUAUCUGAUCUUGAAAUGCCACCUCGUCGUCGUCGACGCUCACCUGACACUGAGAGAAAUAUAGGAGAUUUAAAUGACAUAAGAGCUAAGAAGAUUGCAUCUUGGCCAAAAAAGGACCUAAUGAAUGACGAAGUAGUUGAUACUUUUUCUAAGAAAAGAUGUUUAGCAUGGUUUCAAGAAUACUCUGGCUCUGAAGGAGCGGAUGAUGAUGUGAUUUGUCCAGAAGGUAUGGAAAAAUUUUGUGAAGAUAUUGGAGUAGAACCAGAAAAUAUUGUAAUGUUGGUACUUGCUUGGAAGCUUGCAGCUAAAAGUAUGGGAUUUUUUACAUCCCAAGAAUGGCUCAAAGGAAUGUCAGAACUACAAUGUGAUACAACUUCAAAAUUACGCAAGAAGUUAGAUUUCAUCCGGUUAUAUCUCAAUGAUCAAGUACAUUUUAAAAGUAUUUACCGAUAUGCCUAUGAUUUUGCUAAGGACAAAGACCAGAGAAGCAUGGAUAUAGAAACUGCUAAAGCAAUGUUAUCACUGUUGUUAGGGAAACAUUGGACAUUGCACAGCUCUUUUCAUCAAUUUCUAGAGCAAUCAAAAUACAAAGUUAUAAACAAGGACCAAUGGUGUAAUAUAUUGGAAUUUAGUCGAACAAUCUACCCAGAUCUUUCAAAUUAUGAUGAAGAUGGGGCUUGGCCUGUAAUGCUGGAUGAGUUUGUUGAGUGGUUAAAGGAACAAAAUUCUUUUCGCAGUUGAUAGAGCUAAGUUUUGAAAAUAAUCAUAUGAGCUUUAACCUGAACUUGGACAUUUUGUUUCUUCAAAGGUCUGUACAGUAUAUAACUAAUAAAGUCCACUAUGUAAACCAA